AUGGUAGGAUUAGAAUAUGGUGGAGGAUGUACGAACAUUAUAAUGACUAAAAUACCAUGUCAACAGCUCGUUGGACAGUGGAAUAUGUAUCCGAACUAUCAAUCGCAAAACUACAAUGCCAGAUCAUACCGCGGAAUAAUUCCACAUGCGUUCAUACCAUAUACUAGUGAGAGUAUAAUUCCUCAGACCACAGGGAUUUCGAUGGAUUUACUGAACCCUGGCAUAUUGCUAGACAAUGUAGAAGCAGCAGCAAUAGGCAGCAGUGCUCUGGCUCCAAAACUGUUAGGAGCCAAUAUUCUGAAUGACAAGAAUAGAUUCGUGGUGAAUGGUUGUUCGUAUGAUAUAAAUGGUAGUAGAUGCAUUGACAAUUUAAAUCUUUGUAAAGGAAAAUGCAAAAACUUUGGUGAUAAUUUAACUCAUGACUGCAGGUGUGUACCAGAAGACCUGCUAACUAUUUUAGGCUUGACUACGAUUCGGAAAUAA